AUGGACUCACAUCCUUCCCCCACCAAGCAGAAAGCCCCCAAACAAGCCUGUGACAAUUGUCGCCGCCGGAAGAUCAAAUGUUCCCGAGAACUUCCCUGCGACAAGUGUCGCCGUCUUCUUCUCUCCUGCUCCUACAGUGAUGUGCUCCGGCGCAAAGGCCCCAAGUUUCGCACGCUAUAUCCUCUUGCGCCUAUCCAUCCGCUGGUAUCACGUCAACAGAACCAAUACUACCAAAAUCCGCCACAAAAUCCCCUCAAUAAACAAUGGCCCGCAGACGGAGUGGGGUACCCGUUGAGCUCUCCGACAUCACCCCCUUUCACGGUGGCAGAUGCCCAAUACUUACCCCAUGACGUUCCUGAGGCAUUCGCACAGCUCCCUCCGCCAGAGCUAGUCUCGUCCCCGGACUCGACCAACUCAUUAUCGGAUUCUGGCAUGGCAAUAGUGCGACCUUAUGCACGACGCCUGUCUCCACCGGUGCUGCUAGCUCAUGUGAACGUUUACUUGAAGUAUCUGUUCCCCAUCAUGCCAGUAGUGCGGAAGGAGGAGCUGCAACAAGACUGCCAUCAACCUGACCGAUUAUCGCCUCAACGGUAUGCGUUCUUGGUCGCUCUAUGCGCAGCUACGCACAUUCAGCUCAAGCUAGAUGGCACAGCGUCUGUACCCGAUCCUUCACACCUUCAACCCGGCAUCGACGGGCAUUCCUGGAUGUCCGGGGAGGACUUGUUGGCGGAAGCGGUACGCGCAAGGAAGGAUUGCGACCCAGUAGAUGGAAUGAACAUAGAAAGCCUGCUCACAUCAUUCUUUCUGUUCGCUUCUUAUGGUAACCUUGACAGACAGGACCAUGCAUGGUUCUAUCUUUGUCAGGCGACUUCCAUGGUCUUUACACUGGCACUACACCGGGAAUCCAGUUAUGUGGAACUGAGUGUCGAAGAAGCAGAGGAGCGACGAAGGGUAUUCUGGCUACUUUUUGUCACUGAAAGAGGCUAUGCACUCCAACAAGCGAAGCCGGUCAUGCUGCGCAACUCCAUCCGAAAGCCGCAAGUCCUUUGCUCCGAGGAUCCUAUUCUAGCAUACGGCUUCAUCAACCUCAUCAGUAUUUUCGAGAAACUGACAGUCAACUUGUACGACUGGGUGUCUGCAGGGGGUAUGGAUGGCUCUCCUGAGAUGCCACCUACGUCUGCAAUUCAGUCCAGUCUUUCUAAUGCGAUCUCGGUGGAAGGAGUCUCUGAAAUCCAAAAGGUCGACAUUCUCAUCACCCAGCAAUGGCUACAGACCAUAAUGUGGAAACUCUCCAUGACUCGCGUCACUCAGCCUGGUUCUCGCGAUGAGGCAGUCCUUCCCUUUCAUCUCCCUGUGUUAGUCGGCAAAGCCGUUAUGAAUGUCAUUGGUGCUGCAUCCCAGGGAGCUGUUGAUGCUCACGGGAUUGGAAUGGAACAGAAGCUGUUCGAUCUAGGCUCGUCAGUUGCAGACGUCUCCCGAUCGCUUAAUGCCAAAGCCGCGCACCGUCUUACGGAGGUAGCCAUUGAUCCCCGCGAACUCCUGUGGGGAAUCCUUAGUACGCUAUCGCGCAUCCGUGGCUCUCAGUCGUACCUCUUUCCCACAUUGUUGGAACGAUGUAAAGGCGCCCUAGAUUUCACCAGUCCAACAUCAAUGAGCAACUUCCUCCCACUGCCACCUUCUAGUGCUUCAUGGGGAGGCGAAAGCGGACUGGCCGUGAUAUCCUUACCGGAGAAUCCGGAUCUCCAUGAACAGGAGACCGAGGUGGGAGAGCCCUUGCCACAGCUUUUGCCACCCUCGCAAGUGCAAUUCCCGGAUGGUAGUCUUUUGAACUAG